GGUGUCGCGUCGACAGUUCAUCAUGGCAGAGUGUAAAGAUGGUUCUUCAGCUGCUUCUACUUUCGAAGGUUUUGAAGUUUUGAAUGGGCCUUCUAGUGAUAAUUCAAAGUCUUUUAUGAAACAGAUGAGAGAUUUUGAGAAGACUUUUAAGGACUUACGAGAAGAAAAUGGUGAGUUGAAGAGUCUUAUGAAAUCAAAAGAAGCUAGAGCGAAUGAACUAAGUACAAGACUAGAGGGAAAGGAGAGAGAACUGGAAAGAAAAGAUAUUCAAUUGAAGGGAAAAUGUGAAGAAGUGAUGGAGAGAGACAGAGAAAUUAAGCAAUUAAGAGAAACAAUUGAUCAGCAAGAUAUUCAAUUGAAGAAGACGACAGUGGAAUGUUUGGAAUCAAGCAAACUAACAAACUUAAAGCAGUGUAAAAUUGAAGAGUUAAUGGAGACGAAAGCAUCAAUAGAAGAAAGAUUUGUUGAGUUGAUGAAAGACAAAUCAGAUUUGGCAUUAGAACUAAAUGAUGCUAAAUAUAAGAUAAAUGAUCUGACACUACAGGUUUCUGAUCUUCAGACUGAGAUAUCAAGAUUAAAGGAAAAAAUAGAAAAAUUGUCUGAGGAAAGAAAUAGACUAACUGAUGAAAACAAUAGAUUAACAGAGGACAGAGACAGGAUAGCAAGUGAAAGAAAUAAAUUAUCUAGAAAACUUAAGAAAAGAAGUAACGGGUCAGAAGUAGUAGAUGAAGAAAAGCAAAUCCUCAUAACUCAAGUUAAUGCUUACAGUAGAGAAUGUGACAAACUAAAGGGACAACUACAAACUCAGGUGACAGAGCACAGGCAAUCUCUUGCUAGUGUAAAGGAUCAACUACAAACUGCUCAUAAGCAACAUCGCGAAGAGGUCACAGGACUCACUGAACGUAUUGAUGAACUUGAAAGACAGUUGAAAGUGAGUAAAGAAGAAUAUAAUGAGGAAACAGACCGCCUGCGCAAGAAACGUAGAAAUGAAAAAGAGAAACGUCAGGCUGAUAAUGUUGAACAUUGCAAUAUUAUUGAAUCAUUGUAUGGAGAGCUACAGCGACAACGGGCCCAUAAGAAAGUUCCCAGGCUAGAGCCAAGUAUAAAUCUCAUACCGGUACCAGAAAGAGAUGAAGAAAAUAUUGAUCAAAUAUUACGUGAAGUGGAUGAAUUUAGGAGAGCUAGAAAUGAACAUCUCUCUGAUAGUACAAGUGCUCUUUGAUAGCACUAAUGCUGAUAUAUAAGUAACUUCAAGAAGAUCUUUGUGCUCCAACAACACAAAAAUUUUUCUCUGAUGGUAUUAAACCAUAUGAUCUUGUGGGUGAAAUAAGAAAACUGACAUGAAUUCUGCAGGGGAAGGACAUGAUAAUUAUUUUGUAUAAAUAAAAGCAUUAAAAUGUUUACAGCCAGAUCUA